AUGGAAAAUGUCCUCACCUCUCUUCAGCGCACCCCCUCCGGCCACCUUGUGGGUGUACCUGUUCCUCCCAAAGAAGGCCUCGACCACUCACUAAUACAAUCAUUUCCGACCUUCAUCUACGCAAGUGUAAAAGAUUUUCGCAUAGAGAAGUACGGUUUAGAAUGCGCAAUUUGCUUGGUGGAGUUUGAAGAUGAUAGCAUGCUACGUCUUUUAACAGCUUGUUGCCAUGUCUUCCACCAAGAAUGCAUCGACUUGUGGCUCGAGUCUCACAAAACAUGUCCCUUUUGCCGCGGAAACCUUGAAUUGUCCCAAAGUAUAAUGGACAAGUCUCCGGUGCUUGCUCAUGAGAAUGCCAUCCACGAAAUUAAUGAAGGUCAUGACUCCAUAUACGAUCAAGAUGAAAUCCGAAUUGACAUUGAAGACAAAGAAGGCGAAGAAAGACAAGAAGAAAGUCAUAAUCAUCAUCAACAAAAUUUGGCUGAUAAAGCUAUUUCGAAUGUAAAAGCAGAUCAACAAAUUGAUGGACAAAAUGAAGAGAAUGAAACGGAAAGAUUUUCGAGGUCACACUCGACAGGACACUCUAUAGUUAGGCCUAGACAAGAGGAGGAUAGGUAUACGCUCAGAUUACCAGAGAAUGUGAAGAUAAGACUUCUUAGAGGGCACAAUCCGACAGGAAGUUCUACUACAUUUGGGGAGUUUUCAAGACAAAGAGGCAGUUCCAAAGGUGGCUUUGGAGAGGUCUCUGAGUCUAGCUCUAGAGCUGGUGGAGAGAUCAGCAAACUGUAA